CAAUUUACAAAAUCGAAAUUGGAUCUGAAAGCAUCGCUCACUCAGUUCUACAAGCUUUACAUAUUUUACAUAAAAUAGAAUCAAUUAUAUACAGGAAUAAUUUACUGCUGUCCUUUAGGUCUAAGAAGUCGUCAAGAAAAGCACUUGUACAAAUAAUAUGAUUCUGUGGAUAUCGUUAUCAGUGAAUAACCAGUAUGGGUGAGUUCAGCGCGUCCGAAUGCUCCUGGAAGAAAAUGGUGAUAGCGAAGUCGGAAAACGAAUGGACGGCUACUAUUAAAAAUGAAAGGCCAGACGACAAUACAGCAAACACAAGUGUCGACGGAGAUAGUUCUUUAGAUAAUCUCAAAGGAGAAAAUUCGCAACAAGCAGUUGGCCAAAGUUAUCAAAACAAUCUGAUCGCAGGGGAGGACUCUUAUGCUAUGGUACAGGAGUGUGACCCUCUAUUAGUUGAGACAGGGAAGAUGCGACGUCCGAGGGGAUCGCUAAAAAAUGAGUCGCCUGAAGAAAGAGCGUCAAGACUUGCCAAAAUGUCGGCUUACGCCGCAAACCGGCUGGCGAAUGAGACGGCGGAACAGCGCGCACUGAGGCUGAAGCGCAUGUCGGCUUAUGCAGCUAGAAGGCUAGCCCAUGAGACCAGCGAGCAGAGAGCCACACGUCUGGCUCGUAUGUCUGCUUAUGCUGCAAGAAGACUUGCUCAAGAAAGUCCUGAACAGAGAAAAGCACGACUGACACGCAUGUCUGCUUAUGCAGCUAAAAGGCAUGCCAUGAGAAAACGAGGCAGCUCAGACAAAUCUCAAAUAGAGGACUCUACUCCAGCAGAGUAUGAUCCCCUGGCAUGAUGGUUGACCAAAAAAAUAAACUUUAUUAGUGGAGUUAACAGUUGCUUUACACCAUAUAUGCAUUUGAUAAUUUAAGUUAAUGUAAAUAAAAUAAGAAUAUUAUAGAUUUAUUACUUUUUCACAUGUCAACAUCACAUUUACUAUUGUAAUUUUAUUUUUAUUAAUAAAAGUGCCGUUUACUGGGUGUGCA